AUGGAAAAGAAAGUUGCCCUUAUUACCGGUGCGAAUAAAGGCAUUGGAUUCUCCACCGCAAAUAAAUUGGCGGAGUUGGGGUACAAAGUCCUUGUGGGGGCUCGAAAUCCGGAACGAGGGAUGAGCGCGGUGGCGAAGCUGAAGGAGAGCAACCUGGAUGCGCACCUCGUGGUAAUCGACCUUGAGAACCGCUCGACCAUCACCUCCGCUGUGAACGAGGUGACCUCGCGCUACCAACGACUGGAUGUCCUCGUCAACAACGCCGCGAUUUUCGACUUCGACAACCACAUCCUCCCCAUAGAUUUAACCCGCCAUCGACACGAAAUGGAGGUCAAUUACUUCGCGACGGUGGAGCUGACGAAUGAAUUUCUCCCGCUGCUUUUGCGGGCCCCGGACGGGCCGCGGGUGGUGUUUGUCUCCACCCCGCUCGCCUCGCAUCGCACGACGGACAACCCCACCAAUCGCUACGGCCAUCCCACGAUGACGUCGUACAAAUGCUCGAAAUCCGCGUUGAAUAUGUACGCCCACAACCUCGCCAUUUACCUCCAACGCCACUGCGAAGAGGCCGGGGCGAAGAAGGCGAAGGUGAAUUGCUGCUAUCCAGGUUAUGUCCGCACGGAUAUGUCGUUGAAUACCGACGAGGCGCCGCUUUUACCCGAUCAGGGGGCGGAAACGAGCGUGUAUUUGGCGACGUUGGGGGCCGACGGGCCAACUGGGGGGUUUUUUCAUCAGAAAGAAUCCAUCCCGUGGUAA